AUGUCGGUGUAUACCGCGGCACCGGGUUAGUUUUUUUCCGAAGAUUUUAUAAGUUGUUCAUAAUAUAAGUUUCUAGGAAUAUCGAAGCAUGAUGCGUUAAAGUUUUCAAAAGAUUUUAUGGCUGGAGCAACGGCAGCAAUGAUAUCAAAAACAGUUAUUGCACCAGUUGAAAGAGUCAAACUUAUUCUUCAACUUCAAACUGCACAAACUACUUUAGCACAAGAAAAUAGAUAUAAAGGAAUGGUUGAUUGUUUUCUUCGAGUGCCAAAAGAACAAGGAUUCUUUUCGUUUUGGCGUGGAAAUUGGGUAAAUAUCUUGAGAUCGUGUAGUCAAGAAUCACUUGGUUUAUCAUUCAAAGAAGUAUUUCGGAAGUACACAUUAAAUGAAAUUGAUCCAAAAACUAAUCCAUCCAGGUUUUUAGUAGGUAAGUUGCUUGAAAAAUUGACAGUUUUAUAAAAAAAAAUUACCGUUUUCAGUUGGAACGAGAAGUUUUUGAAAUUUGCAUCAUUUUCUAAAGUUUUUUUGCUGGAAAAUGACGCAAAUCUCAGAUUCGUGAGAAACAAAUGUGUUUUUUAACAUUUUCAAAAUAAAUAAUCCGUUCUCCGAAUAAAAAGUCGAGCAAAAUGUGAUUGUUCGAAGCUCUAACUUUGUUCAAAAAUCCUUGAAAAUUUCACAAAUACUUUCCAGGUAAUUUGGUAGCCGGUGGCGCAGCUGGUGGUGCAACUUUAGGAACAAUUUAUCCAUUAGAUUUUAUUCGAACACGUUUAGCUGUAGAUUUAGGAAAAAAUAAAGCGGAUCGAGAAUUCACAGGGAUGUUUGAUUGUGCGCGGAAAAUUAUUAAAGCCGAUGGAAUUCGAGGGUUAUACAAGUUAGUCAAUUGUUUAAAAAUUCAUGUUUUACAAAAGUAUUAAUUUUCCAGAGGCCUUAUUGUUUCUCUUCAAUAUAUGUGUAUUUAUCGAGCUUCUUAUUACGGGUUAUUUGAUACAGCGGUGCCUUAUAUGGCGCUUGAUGGGAAAAAGUUAUCAUUUACUGGAGCAUUUUUAGUUGGACAGGUAAAUAUUUAGAUUAUUUGGUUGGAAUUUGCUUUUAUAUUGUUUUUUUUGUUAGGUUGUAACACUGAUAGCCGCAAUGACAUCAUAUCCACUUGAUACAGUUAGGAGAAGACUUAUGAUGGGUGCAGGAAAGAAGAAACUGCCCUAUACAACAAUGAUUGCAUGUAUGCGGGUAAGUAUUGACCACGUGAUUUUGAUGAACAAAAAGAUAAGGGAAAUUUUAAUUAGAUAAUCAAAUUAUAUUUCAGUAUAUUUAUGUGAAUGAGGGACCUCGCGCGUUUUUCCACGGUGCACUGGUAAAUGCAAUUCGUGGCACUGGAGCUGCUCUCGUUCUUGCCAUUUACAACGAGCUUCAAAAGUAUAUGUGAUGUUGUUUAGAUCUCAAUUUUUCAAUCAAUUUUUUCUAGGAAUCCCAUUUUUUUACGUGUCAAAUAA